CCGAAUUCGAAUGGCAAUUUCCUCAUGGAGUGCAAGCUGUGUGGUCAGGGUUUUUAGGGGAGCAAGACGAAAGCCGCACAACACUUCACGAUCAAGAACAAUUGCGCCAAAAUCUCCGUGGAGCAGAUGGUGGAGAUAUGGAACAAGACAAAGUACGGGUUCGAUCCAAGCCAUGCACGGAAGAUCGUGGACUUUCUGAAGUCUCGUGGGUUGCGAGACAACAGAUGUGGAUCAGGGAGGGAGCCAGCGGGGAAUGAGGAGUUUGAGGACAGCGAGGAGGAGAGGAAGGCGGUCGAGGGUGGAGAUGAUGAUGGUGAGAGUGAUGGAGAGGACAUGGAGGUGUGGCGAGAGGUGGAGCGCGCCAGGGGAAAGCUGAGGAAGGAGAAGGCCGUUGACGAGGACAGCACCCCUGACGAGGAUGCCGCCGUCCACGAUGACGAUAAGGGAGCAGACCUUGGGGCCUCUCUCGAUGGGGGGUUGAUGGGCGAUGGCCGUCGUGGCCAAGAGGGGGCAGCUAGGGCGAUGAAGGAGGUUGCGGGAUCGAAGAAGAGAAAAAGGAAGGCGAAGAUGACUACCACUGAGGCGAGAUCAGCACCUUCUCAGCCCAAAGAGAGCAGAUGGUGGUACGUGAGCGGCAUCCCAUUCGAGGCGGCGAGGAGGCCAGAGUAUCAUAGGAUAAGGAAGAAGUUGCUCGAGUGUCCGCCGUAUGCACAUCCGGCAUUACCCACGCACCGUGUCAUUUCGUGCGAAGGCAUCCCUCAGCAGCAGCGAGUUGUGGCGGACAUGGUGGCGGCCAUCCGCAGGGACAUUGAGGCGACGGGAGCAACCAUCCGUGAGGAUGGUGGCAAGUCCAUCACGAGCGACCAGAUAGUCAACUUCCUUGCUGCUGGUCCCACGGGCGCGUACCUUUUCAGGACUGUGCAGCGGGAUGGUGCUGUUCAGGAGACAGCAGAGGCCAUAGUGGAGCAAUGGAAGGACGUGUUCGACAAGUUUGGUGUCGAAAAGGUGAACGCCAUUUGUACUGAUUUCGCGUCUGCGUAUGUUGCUGCAUCCAAGCUCCUCGCCCAGGAGGAAGUCAAGUACAGCCGCAUCACUUGGCUUCCGUGUGCAGUCCAUAUCUGCAACUUGUUGCUGUCAGACAUCGCGAAGGAUGGGCGCGACGGGAGCCUCGGGAAGAGGGAGGAAACCAUCAUUAGGGCUCGAGCUGUCGUGUGUUUCAUCAGAGAGCAUGGGGCGGCUAUGAGCCUUUAUCGACGGUUCUCUGCCGCCCACCCCUCUUCCGCCUCCGCGGCGGCUGGUGGUUCGAGCUCUACGCCACCCUCGUCUCAGCGGCGAGGCAGGGAGCUUGUGUACCCUGUGCAGACGAGGUUUGCCACCCACUACUUGAUGUUGGAGAGGCUGUUGGAUCGUCGCAGAGCGUUGGAGGCGUUGAUGAUGAGCGACGAUUGGCUGCGGACUGCAUGGAGGAGGUCCAUUUUUCUGCAGGCCAGAUGGGUGCGUCAUCAGGUGCAGUACGCGCCAUUCUGGGAGCACGUGGAGGACAUCGUGGGGCUAAUGACGCCUGUGAUGCAGUUGCUACGGCGUCUGGACAGGGGGGGUCACGUGAUGACUCGCAUGUGGUCGUGGGGUUUUGUCAUGGUCGACAGGGUGGCGAGAGCAAGCCUCAACAGGACGUCGAAGGACGAGCUCCACAUCGUUGUUCAGGCUUGUCAGGCGAGGGUCGCUCAUAUGUUGGAGCCCGCACAUUGCAUGGCCCACCUCCUCAAUCCGCGGCAGAGGAGCAUUACGUUUUGUGGAGCGGCGAGGCGUAUCGACCACAAGCGGAUACUGGCAAACGAGUCGUUGCGAUACCUUCGCCAGUAGACUGGUGGUGACGAGGAUUUGUAUCAGACGUUGCGCA